AUGGAGUGCCCUUGGACAGAUAGCAAGCGCGGAACCCACGUGUAUAUUUGCCCACCUGGCUCUGGAAAGGGUACUCAGUCUCCCCUUAUUAAGGAUGAAUAUUGCCUGUGCCAUUUAGCCACUGGUGAUAUGCUGAGGGCUGCUGUGGUGGCCAAGACACCUCUAGGUAUCAAAGCUAAAGAAGCUAUGGAUAAGGGGGAGCUUGUUUCAGAUGGCUUGGUUGUGGGGCUUAUUGAUGAAGCUAUGAAGAAACCCUCAUGCCAGAAAGGUUUCAUUCUUGAUGGCUUCCCUAGAACUGUCACUCAAGCACAGAAGCUCGAUGAGAUGUUGGCAAAGCAAGGUGCUAAUGUUGACAAGGUCCUGAACUUUGCAAUUGAUGAUGCUAUAUUGGAAGAACGGAUUACUGGUCGUUGGAUCCACCCAGCCAGUGGUAGGACUUACCAUACAAAAUUUGCACCUCCAAAGUCUCCAGGAGUUGAUGAUAUCAAUAUUGUUCCGAAUUUGAAAACAAUUGGUUUGUCCCAGGUGAUUGACUAUUACUCCAAGAAGGGCUUGGUGGCAAAUCUGCCCGCAGAGAAAGCCCUCAUGAUGAAGUGUCCACUCUUAGGUUAA